AUGACUAAAGAGGAGAACCUGGAGGUCCAGGAGAAGGAGAGGCACGACCGGGAGGAGCAGGAGGAAGGGAAGGUCCAGAAAGAGGAGGAGGAGGUACUGACUGAGGAGGAGCAGGAGGGGGAAGAGGAGGAGGAAGAAGAGGAGGAAUAUGAGCUAGAAGAGGAGAAGGAGGGGGAGGAGAAGGCAGAGGUGGAGGAGGAGGAUGAGGAGCAGGAGGAGGAGGAGCAGGAGGAGAGAGAGGAGCGGGGAGAAGAGGAGGAUCCACUGGCCGGUCGGGAGUGUGAUGCCGAUCCAGAGCCCGAGCCUCUGUCAGUGUCCGAGUAUCAGAGUCCAGUUCACGAGCCACGCCGCCGAGCCAUGACGCACUCCUCCGCCCAGGCACCGCUCCCCAAAGACUACACCUUCACCUUCUUCGACCCCAAUGACCCGGCCUGUUUAGAGAUCCUCAUGGAUCCUCUGACCACCAUCCCGGAGCUGUUUGCUAUCGUGCGUCAGUGGGUUCCCCAGGUGCAGCACAAGAUCGACAUCAUCGGCAACGAGAUCCUGAAGCGUGGUUGCCAUGUGAACGACCGCGAUGGUUUGACCGACAUGACACUGCUUCAUUACAGCUGUAAAGCUGGAGCACAUGGAGUCGGUGACCCGGCGGCCGCGCUGCGUCUCAGCAGCCAGCUGAUUGCUCUGGGAGCCGACCCGAGUCUGAGGAGCCGCUGGACCAACAUGAACGCUCUGCACUAUGCCGCUUACUUCGACGUCCCAGAACUGAUCCGAGUCCUGCUCAAAGCCACUAAACCCAGAGUGUUGAACUCCACCUGCAGUGAUUUCCACUAUGGCACAGCCCUCCACAUCGCUGCCUCCAACCUCUGUCUGGGUGCAGUCAAAUGUCUCCUAGAGCACGGAGCCAACCCCAUUGUCCGGAACGAUAAGGGCCAGGUUCCAGGGGAGGUGGUCCCCGACCCCAUGGACAUGAGUCUGGACAAGGCCGAGGCCGCCAUGGCGGCCAAGGAGCUGAAGAAGCUGCUCCUGGACGCCGUCCCUCUGAGCUGCAACCUUCCCAGAGCCACGCUUCCCAACUACGACAACAUCCCAGGAAACCUGAUGCUGACCUCGCUGGGGCUCAAGCUGGGGCAGCGUGUGAUGCUGGACGACAUGAAGCUCCAGAGAGACCAGAGCAGAGACGACAGCCCGCCUGCAAACCUCAGACAGUCCGGCACUCUGAGGUUUUGUGGCACUACAGAGUUCGCCAGCGGCCAGUGGGUUGGCGUGGAGCUCGACGAGCCAGAGGGAAAGAACGAUGGCAGUGUUGGCGGCGUCCGCUACUUCAUCUGCCCUCCUAAACUAGGCAUUUUUGCCCCUGUCUCAAAGAUUUCCAAAGCCGUGGAUCAGGCACCUUCAUCUGUCACCUCCACACCCAGAACCCCCCGUAUGGACCUGGCCUCUCGCCUCACCGGGAAGACCAAGAAGGAGAAAGAGAAGAAGGAGAAGCAGAGAGAGAAAGCCCAGAAGAAGAAGGCGUCAGUAGCCAGUCUGGAUCCGGAAGGACUGAACGUGGAAGUUGGAGACCAGGUUCUAGUGGCCGGACAGAAACAUGGCAUUGUCCGCUUCUACGGCAAGACCGACUUCGCCCCAGGUUACUGGUUCGGUAUCGAGUUGGAUCAGGCCACAGGAAAACACGACGGCUCUGUGUUUGGAGUCCGCUACUUCAGCUGCCUGCCAAAAUAUGGAGUGUUUGCUCCGCCCUCCCGGGUCCAGAGAAUCGGAGGCCCUAAAGAAGGCUCCCAGAAUGACAACUCCAUGGUGAAGAAAGUCCACCAAGUCACCAUGUCACAGCCGAAGCGUAACUUCAACACAAUGCGUUCUCCUAAAGACCUGACGUCUGAGAACUCCAUAUCCAGGUUACUGUUCUGCUGUUGGUUUCCGUGGAUGCUGCGUGCUGAGAUACCGUCCUAA